AUGAUUCCGUCAACCGCGCUCGCCGUUCUCACCUUGGCCGUUGGUUACACACAAGCAACACGAUUGCAGGCACGACAAAGUGGAGGAGCGGUCAUAGCCAAUCUCCCCUCAUCUUGCUCAGACAUCUGCUCCGUAUUCUCGACACUACAGGCCAGCAUUGAGCCCUCCAAGCUCUGCACCUCGACAAACAGCGCAAACGUUAAGAAAUGUGCAGACUGCAUUCUACUCAUCGGAGGUGAUGAUGUGCUCAACAACGACUCGCUCAUGGGCCAGACGCAGCGCGCCGUCAAUUCAUUCGUGACUGCAUGCAGGGAUGCAUCGCUACCUAUCCCUGGUAUCCUAAUCGCCAACCCGCUCACCCAGAACACCACCACUCCUUCGUCGGCCAAUAGCGGUUAUCACCCUGCCGUCGACAGCAGAGUUCUGUUCGCAAUCACCGGUGCCGUGGGUCUAUUUGGCUCAUAUGCUCUCUUCUGA